AUGGGCUUUGUUAUCGCACAAAUUCUUUCGCUGUACUCGAGAAAAAGUACACUCGUCAUUUGUGUGUACAAGAUUAAAAAGUGACCGAAUGUGUUCUUUAAAAUCCAACGAAGAAAAAGUGUAUGAAUUUCAGGAAAAGUAUAGUUUUCGCUCUGCCAAUCUUACUUGUCGCUUAUAAAACAGCGUUCGUGCUCGCCAGAAUUUCACUAAAUCUUCAAUUUGUCGUAUGGAGCGUGCCUAAAAUCACACUUGUAAGUCUGAAAUUUCAAAAAUCGUAAACACGUUGACUUCUAGAUGUUUUACCCUCUCGAUCUGUACUUGAUUCUCUUCAUUUGGCUCAAUUUGAUCGUCUGGUUCAUUUGGUGGUGGUGUUUUUGUGGACAUCGGAAAAAUUUGAACAUUUCGGAAAUUUGCCAUUUUAUUAAUGCGCUUGUACAAGCCGUCUUGUCGACGGUAAAAUGUACUGUUUUGAGCUAAUUAAAUACCAUUUUUUCUGCAGACACUUUACUUUUCACCGAUGAUAUCCGGAAUGAUCGAGAAGAAAAGUUGGCUUUGGGCCGAAAUGGGCACAAAACCGAUAUUUUACACCCCGUUUGUCUGGAUUCUCGCCGCUCACAUCAGUUAUCGACCAUCCGUUAUCGCAUUUUUUCAACGAAAUUCUGCAGAAACUAAGGAUCCCCAAUUUCAGCUUUCUGUCAUUUCGGCAUAA